GCUUCCGGGGACAUUGAAGCAGAAGCGCCCCGCAGUCCGCAGCCCCGCAUCGUGUCGUCAUGGCUUUCCUCUGCAGAAGUGCGGCUUCGCUGCUGAAGUCCUCGCGAGCAGCGCCGGCCGUCGUGCGCGCGGCGCGCGGCUACAGCGCAGGUGGUCCAUACGAGUACAUCUUGGUGGAAAAGCGGGGCGAGAAGAGCGACGUGGGUUUCAUCCAGCUGAACCGGCCCAAGGCUCUCAACGCUCUGUGCGACGGGCUGAUGAGGGAGCUGGGCGAGGCCCUGGACGCCUUCGAAGCCGACGGCGAGGUCGGCGCCAUCGUCCUCACCGGCAGCGAAAAGGCCUUCGCUGCCGGAGCGGACAUCAAGGAGAUGCAGAACCGGACCUUCCAGGAGUGUUACGGUGGGAACUUCCUGGCUCACUGGAACAGAGUGUCCACGGUGAAGAAGCCCGUCAUUGCUGCUGUCAAUGGAUUUGCUCUCGGUGGAGGCUGUGAGCUGGCGAUGAUGUGCGACAUCAUCUACGCUGGAGAGAAGGCGCAGUUUGGCCAACCGGAGAUCCUUUUGGGGACCAUUCCUGGGGCGGGGGGCACCCAGCGGCUGACCCGUGCGGUGGGCAAGUCUCUGGCCAUGGAGAUGGUGCUUACGGGAGACCGAAUCAAUGCACAGAACGCCAAACAAUCAGGUUUGGUGAGUAAAAUCUAUCCGGUGGAAGAGUUGGUGACUGAAGCCGUUAAAUGCGGCGAGAAAAUUUCUGCCAACUCCAAACUGGUCUCUGCAAUGGCUAAAGAGGCUGUGAAUGCAGCGUUCGAACUGACUCUGGCUGAGGGUAAUCGUUUGGAAAAGCGCUUGUUCCACGCUACCUUCGCUACAGAUGAUCGGAAAGAAGGCAUGACGGCGUUUGUCGAGAAGAGGAAGGCCAGUUUCCAGGAUAAUUAAAAACAAAGGAGCAGAUCCAGACGCAAAGUCCCCGUUAGCAGCGGCUCAUUUUCCUUAUCUGCAAUAAGUUGAGUGAGGCAGAAGUUCUGAUUUGUAGUGGAGCGAGGGAGAUGUUUGGAUCUGGAAUUGGCACUAAGUGAUUGCAGUGAAGCUCUACCCGCUAACGUUUGAUGUCAAAUGAAUUUGCCGUCUGAACACAGGAGCGCUGUGAGGUUUGUACGUGAAUACUACGAAUCUGCUCGUGAGCAUUCGGUAGAAAUAGUCUUGAUGAUUGUAACUGACUUUGCCGUUUCGUUUUCACUCGCAAAUGUUUGUCUGCAUUUUGUAGGCCUCUUAUUUCUCUGUACAUUUUGCAAAUAAAUCUCUCAAGUGGGUUUUAGUGCAGUUACGAAGGCGGUGGAAGAUGUUACGUCGACAGAUCACAUGAUAAUCUAUAUGUAUAAGGUGAAAUAGAAAUUCAUGUAGAAGAUCAAAAGUCAUAAUGUACAAUGAUGGAAAAAAGUCUCCUAAUUAAUUAUUUUGACCUAACAAUAGUUAGAAAUAAAAAAAGGAUAGUCCAAGUAUACGUUGUAUCAAUAAAUAUAUGUAAGUCAGUGUAGAAUGUAAUAUACUAUUCACUACUUUUUUGUAAAAUAUUUCUUUAAGUCCUAGUAUGUCAAAAAGGUCAAAGUCGGUCAGUCAUUUAAUACAUUUAUUUAUUUAAAUUAUAAAUUUAUAUUAUAAGAUUCGCAUUGGAUCUCAGAAAUCACAUCUCUUUUAAAAACAAACGUUGCAGUAAAUAAAACCUGACGAGUGACCGGUGGAUUCACGUCACCUGCCGUCAAUCGGUGUGUAAUCCCACUUCACAUCACCUGGUGGAGCUCUUCUGCUACUCAAAGACAGAGACCCAGGGGGACUGAGCACCGGGUUGUCGGAUGGAGGACUGAGCACCUGAUAUCUCCAGGGCAUUUAUUUAACAUCAUUGCCGUUGCAUUAAAGGUGUGGCGGAGUCAAACUUCAUGUAGGCGGGAUAAUCUUCAAACAAAAGAGUGAACGACAACAAAAAUCAAAGUUACUUAUACAAUCUAGAACGUCUUUACUUUAUCAAGUGAUCUCUAGUCAUCCCACUUGAUAGUUCUUAAUUUCUAAAGUGACAUGCAGUAUCUGCAUGUUUUCACUUAAGAAAAUAGUUAUUCAAAAUAUAAGAAAUGUCCAUGUAUUUUUGUUCAAUGUUUUGAAGUUGUAAUGCAGUGACAUGACAGCAUUUGUUUUGUGAUUCAAAUCCACGUCACGACUGGUCAGUCAGCCUAACGCUUGACCAAUAGUUAUUUUACACAAGUUAGAGCAAUAGCUCUUAUAAAUUGGUUUUGUAGAAAUAAAGGUAAAGGCUCUGCUCAUGUUAAAAACAAUUGAACAGGAUUGCAGCCUGAGCUGUUCCCUUUUUCUGAAAUUCUGAAACGAUUUAAUAAAAUGUGUCCGUUUCCUUUUGAAUUAAA